AUAAUAUGUUUUCAAUGAAUAUUAAUGAUUUUUUCAUUUAUAUUUUAAUAUUAAUUAUAAAAUUUGAAAUUAUUCGUUCAACAUAUUUAUAUCAAAAUGUAAGUGCCAGUAUCAGUCAAUAUGAACCGAUUGUUCGAUCAUCAACAACAACAACAACAACAAAUCAAUAUCAUCAACAUCACCAUAAUCAUCAACCAAAACAACAACAACAAAAACAUUUAAAUGAAAAUCAAACACAAUCAAUUCAAACAAGUGGUUGGACACCGGUUAUAACAACAACAUCAUCGACCACUAUUAAUACAAAUAAAAAUGGUAAACAAAAUCAACCUGCAACCAUUUUAUCAUAUCAAGCAAUUAAUCCAUCAUCAUCAUCAAUGCAACAAAAACCAUUACCAUCAUCAUCACUAUCAUCAGCGAUGGGCAGUGAAUCAGCAUCAUCAAAUAUUGUUGCAAAAGUUGUUCCAUUAGUUGCAACAAAUUUCAAUAAUAAUAAUGUUGAUCAACAACAACAACAACAACAACAACAAAAUUCAAUCAAUAUUUCAUCACAAUAUUUAGCAUCCGAAUCAAUAUCAAGAAAUAGUUAUCAAACACCACAUAAUGCUUAUAUGAUACAUCCAACUAAAUAUAAACAGGCAUUUUUUCCAGCUGAAUCAAUACGAACGGAAUAUAAUAAAAGUGUUAAAAAUUUACCAAUUCAUUCAACACAUUCAAAACGUAAAUCAUCAUCAUCAUCAUCGAAAGGAAAUAAAAUAAUCGAUUCAGUUGUUAUGCCAAUACCAAUGAUUAAACCACAUAAACAUGGUGCAACAUUAGGUUUUAAUCUACCUGAACAAGGAUUAACAUUAUAUUUAGAUAUUAAUGAAUUGGCAACAAAACCAAUGGCACAGAAUAUUGGUCUUAAAGUUGUUGCACAUCAAAAAAAUCAACAAUCAAAUCAGGAUGAUGAUGAUGAUGAUGAUAUCGAUGAUGAUGGUGAAGUUGAUGACAAUGUUGAUCAUGACGGCAGUUUUGAAAAACAAGAAAAUUCAAAUCGAUUUAGCAACAACAACAACUUAACAUCAGCAAUAACUGGAAGACGAAUCGUGAAUCCAGAUGGACCGAAAAAAAUUAUUGUAAAAAAAGCAAAAUUCCGUUAUCAAAUGGCUAUAAAUGAUUCGGCAAUAGCAAGAAAACCAUACAAAGUUGUAGCAAAAAAAGCAAAUAAUGGUCAAUUAUUAUCACCAAUGCAGGCUAAAUUUUCACAACAACAAAAUUCAACAGUAAACAUUAAUAAUAAUUUCUCUACAAUGAAUGAUCGAUAUAAAAAUCGUACGGCAAAUAUUCCACCAAGUGCAUCAAGAAUUCCAAUUACAUAUAGUUCAUUGAAAAAUGAUCAAUAUCAAGUAGAUUUGGGCAAUAAUAACAACAACAACAACAAUAAAAAUGAUCAAGCUAUACAGCAAAAAUUAAUCAAUUUUAAUGAUAUGAAUAUGGGUAAAAAUUCACAAAAAAAUGAAAGAGAAAUUAUUACAUUCAGUGAUGAUAAUGAUGGCGAUGAUGAUGAUGAUGAUAGUGAUAAUGGAUCAUCAGAUAUUAUGUUUCCAUUAAAUUUUGAUAAUCAUUAUGAUACAAAUGAUGAUGAUGAUGAUUCAAAUGAACAAAUGCUGCGUACAACAACACAAUUACCAAUUGAAACAACAACAACAUUUUGGUCGCUAAGAAAUCCAAAAGAUACAAAUUCUUAUCUAAAUGAACCAAAUGAUCUAGUACCAAAUGGUAAUACAUUAGAGGAAAAAGUUCGUAAACAAGAAAUGAUUGAUAAUGAAUUAGUACAACAGAUGCAGCUAUUGUUGGAAAAAAGUACAAAAUUAAUUGAAAUGUCAGCCGAUAGUUGUUCAGCAAAAAAUCAACAAUGUCAUUCACCACAGGAUUUUUGUACAACAGAAACGAAUUCAAUCAUUUCGAAUACAUCGACAACAAUACGUGAAAUUGCACAACAAUUAGAUGCACAUCAUAUUCUGAAUGAAGUAUCCAGUUUAUUUGAAAGUGAAUUACAAGAUUUUAUGGAUUUUUCAACAAAAGGUUUUACAAUAAUUUUACCAUCAAAUAAUGCUGUCAAACGUUUACCACCGAAUCUAUUGAAAAGAUGGCAUAAAAAUAUGGAAACAUUUAUGUUAAAUGGUUAUCUAAUUGAAGGUAUUCAUACUAUUGAUUCAUUAUCUAAAAAUAUGAUGAUAACAACUCGUGGCAAAACAAAACUUAUUAUUAAUCGUCCAUUCAAUGAAACAUAUACAAUCAAUGGACAACGUGUUAUACGAGCAAAUCAACAAACAUCAAACAAUGGCCUAAUACAUGUCAUUGAUGGAUUACUUUAUCCAGGUUCAAAUAAAGAUAUAAUUGAUACGUUAAAAUCUUGUGGACGUUUUGAUGGUUUUGUUACAUUGGUUGAAGGAACUGGUUUUGCUGAUCUUCUUCGUAAAGAAGGACCAUUCACAGUAUUUGUACCGAGUAAUGAUGCAUUACAAAAAGUUCCAGAUACUGAUCUAGAAGUGAUAAGAAGAAAUAUGACAGCUUUAAAAGAAUUUCUUAUGUAUCAUGUUGCUCAAGGAGCUUAUUAUAGUCAAGAUUUAAGAGAUGGACAAUUUAUGCCAUCAAUUCUAAACGAACAAUAUCUACAGGCAGGUGUUCGCGUUGAUGGAUGUUCACGACGAUUAGUCGAAGUAAAUGUAUCACCAUUAUAUCGUUCAGAUAUAGCAGCAUCGAAUGGUGUUAUUCAUGUUAUCGAUUGGAUUCUUAAACCAGAUGAUCGAGAUUGGUGUGAUGGUAUUAUUUUGCCAAAACGACGAUAAUAUAAUCAUGAUAUUGAUAUGAUUGAUAAUCCUAUUCAAUUUCUAUUAUUCAAAAAACAAAAAAACAAAAAAAAAACUUUGUCCAAGAUUUUAUCCUAAAUAAUUAAAAAAAUGCGCAAAUUAUUU